AUGAAGGCUGCGGAAAGAAAUACGCACGUGAGUAAUCGGAGGCCGCCCUUACUAGUGGCGAAAAGGAAAGGAGCGACAACGGCAAAUGAGAAGGGAGCUAUCCCCACUGCUCAUGCAAGACAGAGCAGGCAAAAAGAACCAAUCGAAGACGAACGAAAAGACGCACUAAAGAUCAACAUUAAAAGAGCCGCCGCCGAAAAAAUCACCGACAUGCCCGUAAAGCAAAAAGACACCCCAAUCAUGCGCCAUAAAGGUGACAGGAAGAAAGACAAAGCGGUGAAUGGAAGGACGAAGGAUAGAGGAAUGCACCGUACUGGAUCCACCCAUCGGAGUAGCAGCCAUAGAAAGAACAACGCCGGAGUGGAGAAGCCGAACGUGAGGCCUUCCUCCCCCCACCUGAGUAGCAGUCAUAGAAGGGACAACGCCGGGGUGGAGAAGCUGCACGUGGGGCAUUCCUCCCACCACUUGGUUGAAAGUCAGCGGAGUGAAGAAUCAUGGACAGUAACAGCCGGCAUCGCCAUCGUUGGGGAGACCUCCUCUAGCAGAAAGAAGACGACGCAGGGGGGGAAAAUCAAAAACUUAAAAAGGUACAAGGAUUUUAACAAGGGAAAGAAUAUGAACGACGAAAAGGAGGGAAUGAAAAAUAUCGUCACCUCAUGCGAAACGAGAGUGAGCUGCCAGGGGAACAGUAAGCCUCCCAAGUUGGCGCCACUCACAGUGGAAGGCCCACAAGGCGCACCCAGUCCAACCAUGUUAAGCUCACAAAAGAUUCACUCACAGAAGAAUCACUCACAGAAGAUCCACUCACAGAAGAUUCCCUCACAGAAGAUUUCCUCACAGAAGAUUCCCUCACAAAAGAUUUACCCCCACGAUGAUAUUCACAUCAUGAAGGUCUGCAUAGAAAACCAAAUGAACAGAAAAGAAAAAGUGCAGAAGAUGAAAAAUAAGAUUCUAAAAAUGUAUAGUGACUUGUUUGUACAUCAUUUUAGGAGGAGCCAAAAAUUGAUUAAGUCAAGUGGCAAUGCAGAUUUAAAUGUCUUCCUGAACAGAGAGAGUGUGCAUAGCUUCCUACGGCUGAGUUAUAAGUAUGGAGACUAUGACUACUGCGUGGGUUUCGUGAUGGUCUUGCUGCUCGAUCGUUUGACGAAUGCAGAGGUGGAGUUAACUCCGGGGGAGCGGGACGAUUUGGAAAACGCCGUGCGAGCGUACAACUAUCACACGUUGCUGGCCUACCGGGGCACCUUCAAGGCGUAUCACAAAUUCGCCUCAAACGCCGGGGAUGAUGACGCGUCUGUGAAGAAAACUCUCCAAAAUGGGAAGAGAAAAACCAUCUGCAGUAGCAUCCGGGCCAUCAUAAAGGACAAGUUCCUACUCAACUGCGAAGCGAUGAUAAACAUGGUGAACUGUAUCCUCUCCACGAUUAAUGAGGAGAAGGAAAAGAUAUAUUACUCUAAGCUGAAUGCAAACCAGUACAAGACCAUUUCGGACAUCACCGAGACGGGGGUGAAAUAUAAAUAUGAGCAGCUAGCUAGAGAGACUUACAAGAAGGCCUUCGAAUUAGCGCAAGUACAUCUGGUACCAACGGAUGUGCAUUUCUUGCAGCUGGCUAGUCGGUAUAUCUCCUUCCUCUAUUUCAACGUGGGGCAGGAGCAGCUGGCCCUGGAGAUUUGCACUGCCGUGUUUGAUCGGACGACCGAUCAGCUGACUAAUAUGCAGGACGAGGGGGAGGCGGACAGGUGCCUCCAGAUUCUGAGCAGGAUGCGAUACAACAUAAAGCGCUGGUCGAGGAAGCUCCACGGGAAUAGCAUCCUCUUCCUGGACUUCUAA